AUGUUGCCGAGAAAGCCAGCAUUGACUUCCGAAGAAGAGGAAGCAAGUACCUAUCCUGCGAGUUUGACUGUUGCUGCUUCUUCCCUAUCGGUCGUUGAAGAGAAUGAUACUUCUAGAUCCAAGAAGAAAAAACCAAAAGCUAAACAAUUGGCAACUUCGAAGAAGGAUGAAUCUACGGAUGAGAAGAGAAAAAAGAAGGAUGAAGAAGAUGACUCGAAUGCUCACUCUGAUGAAGACUCUGAAAAGAAGACGAACAAGAAGAAAACUUCCAAACAGUCCACCAAAAAGAUCAAGCCUGGCAUGCAUGAAAUUCCCAAUGUCCAAGAGGGAGAUGAGGAGGGACGAGAUGAAUUAUCUCAGCGAUAUAGGCCUAUUCCAUCCUCAAUUGCUACAUUUGUUAAGCCUUUAGAACCAAAAACCAGGAUCAUUGGACGGCAAGAAAUGAUCCAUUUUCCUCAACUUGGAGUGAUGAAUUUAUUGGGAAAGGUGGACUCUGGAGCCAAGACCAGUUGUUUAGAUGUGGUCAAUGUUCAUCAUGAUACCGUGAAAAAAACCUUAAACUUUGAUGUGGUUCUCGAUCGUAACAAUAGAAAUAUUGUUCGACAAGUUCAGGAUUUCCCGUUUGCGAAUACCACGAAAACGGUCAUGUCUUCGAAUGGACAUGUCUCAACCAGAUAUGUGAUUAAGACUUUGGUGUCCAUUGGUCCAGAAUUUCGAGAACAAGUUGCAGAGUUCACUUUAGUGGAACGUCACAAGCUUGCCUGUCCGGUAUUGAUUGGUAGAAAUGUAAUUCGAAUGGGAGAAUUCUUGGUUGAUUGCAACAAAAAGUUUGUCACUGGAAAGAAGGCAAAACAAAAAUUAAGGAGCUUAUUUACAUACCAAACGUACACGAAAAUCCAGUCAUAG